UGGCCAGCCCGGCUCCGUGCGGCUCCGCACGCGCCGCGGCCGCCGCCCGCUCGCUCGCCGCACGUAGGCGCCGCUUAAAGGGGCGACGCGCCGGGACCGGCGACCCCUGCACCGGGCGAGCCGCAGCCGGCGGCCACGGGCCCGGGGAGACGCCGGCCACCAACGCAACUUGGGUGCGGGCUCCGCCGGCGCUCCCGCCCGCGUGCUGGCGCGGCGGGCCCCAUAGCACGGAGCCAGUGCCCUUUUAAGACGCGGGCUCCCGGUGCCGGUGGUUUUAUUUACAUGGGGGCUCGCGGGCGUCACGUGACUGGCAGAGCGGCGGGGGCCGAGCGCGGCGGGGCCAUGGCGGGCGCCGGCGACGACGGCUCCUGGGUGGAGCUGCGGUGUGGCCCAGGCUGCUCGGAGCCCGAGCCCGCGCCCUCGCAGUUCUCCUGCCACGCCGACGUGGAGCGGAUGCUGCUGGAGGCCCAGCUGGAGACAGAGAGCAGUGAUGGUGCCGUGCUUGCGCUGGGGUCCCCAUCCUGGGAAGACGACGGAGCCAGCCAGGCGAGUGAGCAGCCUGGGGAGACUGAGCUGCUCCCGCCCUGCAGCCAGCUCCAGCUGGGCUGCUCCUACCCCCGGCAGCAGGAUGUGCCGGAGGAGGCUGAGCGGAGGGAGCGACGCCUGCCCACAUCCCUUGGCUGGGCCUGUGCCCGCCGCCCUCAGCAUCUGUCUCCAAAGGAGUUUGCCUUUGUGUGCUCCCCCCAGCCGGUGCUGUGGAGCCUGCAGGGAGGUACAGUGGGGAGAAAGAAGAGACUUUUCAGUUCAGAGCUGCUGCUGCUCUUCAUCCCCUCACUGCUGCUCAGCCAUGUGCUGACCCUGGGACUGGGGAUCUACAUUGGGAAGCGACUGGCAGCCUCCUCGGCAAACCCUCUGUGAAGAGCAGGGCUCAGCGAGACACGGGUGGCUCCUCCACCGUGUGUGGAGGGAGGCCAGGCACCAGCACAGCCCAGCUGCUCCCAGACUUUGUGUUUGGGGCACGAGGCGCCGUCUCCCCUCGUCCCUUCUUCAGCCCCAGCCUAGGGAGCUGAUCCGACUACACUCCCACGUAGACAGGAACCUACUGAUGGCAGAUCCCUGCUGCAGGCAGCCCCUGCCCUCCCCAUCCCUUGGUUACGGGUCCAGGUUCCUCCUCUUUAACACAAGACUGUAAAUACGACUCCUGAGCGAAUAAAGAGCUCUGUGCCAGUGCA